AUGGCAGGCAUGCAGAGUUUGGGCGCCGACGGCCCGCCAAUGGGCUAUGAACCCUCGCAGGCACCAGCUGGCGGCGGUGGCGCCGGAGGAGGGUCCAUGGCUGCGGUCUCUCAGCUCUUCACUCGGCUAGCCCAGGAGAUAGAGGAGCAGAAGCCAAAGAAUUGCAUACAUUUUGUGGUGGAUUUCCUCUGCAAGCACUACCCUGAGCAUCUUCAUGGCUUUGCCUCCAUCUGGCAGAUGGACCCAGACCUGGAGCGGGAGAGGCACGAGGUGGUGAAUUUCUUCAAAGCUCACAAGAUCUCCACGGCCGUGGCAGCUCAUUUCACGAACGCUGGGUAUGAUACCCUUGAUACUUUGACGACGCUAUCACCUGAUAGCCUUGUUGACGUCGAGGCCUUCAACAACGUGAAGUGGCUGCCCGGACACAAGGUAAGACUCCAGCAGAUCUUCAGCGAGAUCUCUGCCAGGGUUCGCGCGUACCGGCAGCAGUUCGGGGAUGGUCAGCAAAAUCGUCGGCGGAAUCACCAAGGCAACCCCGCUCCGGUUGACAGACGACACGAUUCGCCGCCGCAGUACAACAGGUCCCACCACCCACAUCAUGACACCUACGCACCAACUGCUCACCAUCCUUCCAAUCAUCACCAUCAUCAACCCAUCAGCCAUCAUCCAUCUAUCAGCCAUCACGGCACCCCACCACAGCCCUGCGUUGCAAACCACCACAGCAUUGCACAUCCAGCUGUCAGUCAUCCUCAGCACGUGACGCCAGUGGUGUAUCCGUCUUCACACCCACCUCAGGUGGCGUCUGGAGAGCGUCAUGUGGCAUACACUGGUGGUUUCAGUGGUGGCUAUGCUGGUGGUCUUGCUCCUCCUCAGUCUGUGGCACCCAUGGCGGCCCCGGCAGCAGGUAUGAGCCUUUCUCCUGGGCUCCCGAACGCGUCCGGCAACAUCUUCUUGGCGAACAGCGCCAUCCAUCCUCCUUCUUGA